AUGGAAAAGCUUACGACGGUCCUUCAAAAGGCGUACGAUCCGACUCUGCAGCGACUGUGGGCGGACUGGGCGGUACAUGAAGACGAUGGGCAAUGGUAUCUCGUCGAGGUCCAUGGUGUGAAGACCGAGGCCGACCUUAGAAACGCUGCCGUGGCAAAGGCAGUACCGCCCGCUUUUGCAGAGGUGGAAUCCAAGGUGAGUAGAAGCACCCGCCGCAUCCCACCGAAACACAUUUGCGGCGACCCGGACGAGCUAAGAGCGCGAGUUUCUGCGGCGGGCCCCACGCAAGAGCUAUCCUUCGUCGAGCCUUCGAAGAAGAUGAUUGCGGUCGCAGAGUCCAAGCGCCGCCCAAGCAGGCCGCCAACUCCCUCAAUGGUUGCUGAAAGCACGAAGAAGGCGUUAUUGUCGCGGAGAGAAGGAGCAUCAAAGCGAAAGAAAUCGGUACCGAAAGGGGGCGAUGGAGGAGCACGUCGAAUGCUCAACCAAUACUGGAGAUGUGCCGGUGACUUCUGCGAAACUCACCCUGGUGGACAGCGUCAAGCGUCUGCUGACGCUACGGGGGACAAGAAAAGCAAUCUUGACAAAGUCGAGACGGCUUCUUUGGUGGUAUCUCAACCAUCGGAAAGGGACCGCGGGAGGCCUGUGAGAAAUCGUGGCUUGGAGGGGGGCUGUGAAAAGUCAAGCACUGGCGGUGGAGAUGGACGAAACGGAACGGAGUGCAAGGAGGACGAUAUCGUGGGGAGAAGAAAGCACGCCUUGUCCGUGGAGACCCCUCGGACAGUGCUCUUUCGGCUGGUACUAAACGCGAGGGCAGCCCUCUUACGAUGGAGACCAUCCGCUGCUGAGUUCUCUAUGAUGGAGAAGCCGGUUCAACUCUGCUCCGUUUGCUACAUGGUUUGCAGCACGAUCGAACGAGAGCGAAUUGAGCACGAGCUGGAGGAGUCUUUGAGCGCCGACCGGCACGUGGUGUCCCGCCUCAUAGAUAGCUUUGAAGCUGCCGCCGCCAUCGCCAUGGCUGCUGCUGCUCCAAAUGGGGAGAAAAUCAAGAGGGCUUCGUCCUCGUCCUCGUCCAAAAUUUGUGGAAGCAACAACUACAAAGAAGUGCGAAAAAACGGCGAAGGAAGAGGAGAGAGAGGCGGUCGCGGGGAAUCGGUCGUAACGUGGGCGGAUAGGUAUCCGGUAGCGGAGAUUCGCCGGCAGGAAGAGAACGGGGAGGAUGCGUGUGGGGAAUCAAUGCUUGCCAAGACUGGUGGUGUCUCUCAUAGUGCGCACUCAACACCAAGAAGGAAGGCUGCAGGUGCUGGUCGGACCUCACUGGGACCAUCCAAAAGUAGGAGUAAGACGGCGCCGUUGGCCCACUCCUCGGGUCUGACAAUACCACCACUAGUUCAACAAGAGAGUGGUGAAGAAACGCCGCCGAUUGUCGUCGGUCUCGACGCCAAACGAACCCAGAAUCGGAAAGAAAAAGAGCAGCGUCAGAUACAGCCGAGCCGUACGAAGCUGCAAGUGCGGGCGCGUAGAAAAGCCAAAGAGCGGGCACGAAGGCAAGUACGUAGCAAGGCGACGGAUGGUGCUGCGAGAAACGAGCCAUUUGGGAAGCAGAGGGAUGGUAAGAUUUCGGUGGAAGACGACGGGAGAGCGGGGAGCACACCUGGUGACCAGAAGAAGAUUGAUCCUGACAAGUUUCCACCGUUACUGCAGCCGACGGCACCAACCGCGCUGCUACGGGAGAGAGCUGAACCUGGGGAAGACACCCCUGCGGGACGCAUUGAAGGCCCAGAUGGUAGAGGGGGGGGGGAUGGGGGCGAGGUAGAAAAGUUCGGGCGAGGCACGGGAUCGUUCUGUGACGACGUAAAGACUAGUUGCGAAGACGCGGAAAUCGUCAGUGGGAGUGAAAUCGCCAGUCGCGGUUCCGGCUCUGGUGAGGCCUGUAUUGGGUACUCGGCACAGCAGCUGCAGCAACUACUAGAGCCAACAGCACCGGCGGUGAAUUGGGGGCAUGAAGGAGAGCAACAGCAGAUGGAAAAGGAGGAGGCGCAGGGGGGGGGGAGAGCUCGGGUAGCCAGAGAUUGCGAGAACUCAGACUAUGGAGAAGAGGACUUCGAGAAGGAUUUUGAAGCCAAUGAUUACGAGGUAGCACCUGGAGGGAAACGGGGUAGCAGUGGCGAGACACCUGGGUGUACGACGGAGGCUGUUGUUGGAGAUAACGCAAGCUCCGAGUAUGGAGAGGAAGAGUUCGAGGAAGAGGCGGGCUGA